AUGAAGACUUUAUACCAACUCGCCUUACAAGCAGUACCCAAACCUGGGUUCAUGGCCGAGACCUUUUUAGUCCCCCACCAUCCUGCUGCCAGAGAUUUACAGACGCUACAAUACACCCAAGACAGAGAUAGAUAUAGAGAAGAACAUCGCGUCCUUUUCAGGUUUGUCUACGCAGAUUUGUGUUUUAUCGAAACCAUGUUUUCAAACUCAAAAAUAUAUCCAAGGGAUGUUGCGUUUUUAAAUCGAUUGUGGAAACAAAUUGACGAUUUACUUGAGUGAAUGUUGUGUUUUAGACCGAUUCUGGAAUCUCUGUUUGGAUUAAAGACUGCACCUGGUUAAGUGUUGCAUGAUUGAACUGUAAACGUGUUUUUAAACGCGCUUGUUGACUGUUAUAUUUUAGAAAUACUAUAAACGCCUUAAAACUUCGAAGAUGGAACACGUAUUGUCACAAAACGGAGUGGGUUGCUGUUAAGUAUCAAAAGUAA